AUGGAAUGGAUUAGGAGGUAUGUGAUGCAAAGAAGUGCAGCUAAAAGGGAAGAGUUGAGUAACUUUGAAGGUGUGUUAAUGCCAUCUGUCAGCAAAAUGAUUGAAAAAAAUGCAAAGGAUAUAUACGGUUUAAGGGUAAUCCCAAUGGAUGUGUUUGAGUUUGAGGUGGAUGAUGAUGAAGAGUUUUACGUUGUUAACUUGACCAAUAAGACUUGCCAUUGUGGAAGUUGGACACUUAUUGGGAUCCCUUGUAAACAUGCAAUGACUUGUAUUGUUCUUAGAGAAUUAGAUUGCAACCAAUUUGUCCACAAGACCUUUCAUAUAGAAACGUAUGCAAAGACUUAUGGUCCAAAAUUUCAUGGUAUGCCAGGACACAAAAUGUGGCCCACAACCAUUUUGGCCAGAACACUUCCUCCACCAUUUCGAAAGAUGCCUGGAAGGCCAAACAAGAGGAAAAGAAAGAAGGAAGCUGAUUGUAAUGACCCAGUUUAA